AUGACCAGAGACCAAGAAGACGUAGGAGGGAAGGAAGUAGGCACACCAUUUUUUUCCCUUCAAAAAUCAACUACUCAGCAAGGGAUACCCCUGAGGCGACCAUUCGGGAAACGUAAUAUAUGUCAGAGAUGGGAAGUGUUGAAAGGCCUUGUUUCCGGAAGUACAAAUAUUACCCAAGAAGCCAAUAUGUUGACAGACAAUGAUUGGAUCAUGGAUGAACCAUUUACUUUUGGUAUCAGUAAUGAUUAUUCCUUGGCAGUAAUUUAUAGAGACUAUAUCAUGAAACAUUAUUUGGUAAGUCCCGAAUACUUUGUCAACCACAUGGGUUCAGACUUUCCCAUAGAUGAUAUUAUAAGAGAAGGAAACCAACAUACAUUAGUUGUUGUAGGAAAUAGGCUUGAAAUUCAGACUGCCUAUCUUUCAUGUGAUAUUGACGAAAAAGGUAAACAUGGCUUAAAUGAUUGCCCUUUUUUUGUUCCCAACGUAAAGGACCUUUUGGUUUCAAUGGAAAGGGUCCAAGCCAUUAUAUAUAAAAGCGACAAUUAUAAAAAACUUCAAGAGAUGCCUUUCUCCCCGUUCCAGAAAUCUCAUUCCUUUGAUUUUCUUCCACCGUCACCUUACUCUGGUCUUCCAAUCCAAGCAAUUUUCUUUCAUUGCACCGAAUUGGAAGCAGAGACAUAUCGUGAAUUAUUGGUGGUUUAUAGAAACCGAGUAAUCCGUCAACAUGACCCACCCACGGUUGAACGUGUUAUGCGACUAUUUUUAAAUCCUCCAUAUGAAAUCUAUGUCAGGCCCUCCUUUAUAACUGGCAAAGAUCAAGAGAGUGCUGAUGAAUUUUCACAUCAGGAACAUUCUUCUGAUGUCACGUGUGAAGAACGCAAAACAUAUCAAUAUUAUACUGCACUGAAAGGUAAAAAUUGGCUUGAUAUGAUAAAAAGGGAAAAGGAACUUGAGGAGACUUUUCUCGAUGCCUGCGGCCUAAGGCUUUAA